CACCCCGUGGCUGCGGGAGAAGCAAGUCGGAGGAGCCCAAAGGUGCUUGCGGAUCUCCCGUAGCUGAGCUGCGUUUCCUUUAAGUACACGGCUGGAUAAUGCCGCUUGCGCACGCGACUGGGCACGUGUGCAGGGGUUGGGGGGGUCAGGCAGAACAAGCCGCUGCGCAUUUUACCCAAGAGUAAUCCCACCUGAACCCAGCGGGCUUCAUGUCAAAGCAGAUAAUGGAGACGUGAAGAAUAAUCUCAAGGUAGAAAUGUCUCAACAACAGAAACAGAUUGAGAUAUUGGUGAAGCCAUUGGAAGAGACCUUAUCUCAGUGCCAUGCCAAGGCAGAAGCCGCUGAACAGCAACAUGGAUUGUCGAGACAACAGGGGAAGACCUUGGGGUUGGGAAUGGAUGAGUCCACCCUGGGUGAGGAAAGCUUCAAGGACCAAAGCGAAAUCUCGGCCCAGGGAGAGAUGGAAAAAGACAAGGGACUAGUAAUUUUAGAAGAAGAGAAGAAUGCAGACCUCAUUACUUGUGGGAGGAACUUUACGGCAGUGACAUUGUAUGGAUGCUCAGACGAUGGAAACUCCUCCUGUAUGACCUCUGAAAAUCAAUGGGAUCAUACUGCAAAGGAGAAAAUAUACACAUCUUUGGACUUUGGGGACUCCUUUGGUAUGGAUGCUGGCUUUAUCAAGCAUUAUGGAACCCACACAGGAUGCAAAACGUUUCAAUGCUCGGACUGUGGGAAGAGCUGUGAAACAAAAAACCAGUUGCUUGUGCAUAUGAAGGUGCACACAGGGGGAAACCCACUUAGAUGCACCAUCUGUGGGAAGAGCUUCUCUCAGAACGGAGACCUCUCUGUUAAUGAGAGAAUCUACACAGAAGACAAAAUGUUUAUGUGCUCAGAAUGCAAUAAAUCCUGCCCCCACAACACUGUACUUGGACGUCCCCAACCCCAGACAGGGGAGGAACCAUAUAAAUGUUUAGACUGUGGGAGAUCCUUCACUCGGAACUCUGACUUUCGUAAACAUCACAGAACCCACACGGGAGGGAAACCACAUAAAUGCCCAGACUGUGGCAAGACUUUUGAUAAGAAAUUUAAGCUAGAGACGCAUGUGAGAAUCCAUACUGGGGAGAAACCUUUUAAGUGUUUGGACUGUGGGAAAAGCUUUGCUCAGAAGGGAAAUCUUGUGGUUCAUGAGAGAAGCCAUACUGGGGAGAAACCAUACAAGUGCUUGGAUUGCGAGAAGUCCUUCAGUGUGAAUGCAGACCUUAUUAGACAUCACAGAAUACACACAGGGGAAAAGCCAUUCAAAUGCCCAGAGUGUGGGAAAUUCUUCAGGACACACUCUGAAAUGUACAGGCAUCAGAGAACUCACCCAGGAAACAAACCAUUCGACUGCUGGGACUGUGGCAAAACCUUUAGUCAGGAAGCCCACCUCGUGUCACACCUGAGAAUCCACACUGGGGAGAAGCCCUACAAAUGUCCAGACUGUCGGCAAAGCUUUGCCCAGAAAGGGAACCUUAUUCUUCAUCAGAGGACCCACGUGGAAGAGAAGCCGUAUAAAUGCUUGGAUUGUGGGAAAUCCUUCCGUGCAAAAUCUAAGCUCAUAGAGCAUCAGAGGCUUCACACUGGGGAGAUGCCCUAUGAUUGCUCAGACUGCGGUAAAAGCUUCAGCCGGAAAGGGAGCCUCCUUGCCCACAUGCACUUCCAUUCCGGGAAGAAGCCGUAUGAAUGCUCCAUUUGUGGGAAAUCCUUCAUUAUGAACUCUGAUCUCCUUAGACACCAGAGAACUCACACAGGAGAGAAACCGUAUAAAUGCUCAGAUUGCGAUAAAAGCUUUAGUCGGAAAGACGGCCUGCUCAAACACCUGGUAAUCCAUUCUGGGACAGAACUGCACAUUCAGGAAAAGCCAUACGAAUGCUUGCACUGCGGCAGGAGUUACAAUUACAAACAGAACCUCAUUGUGCAUAGGAGAACUCACACUGGAGAAAAGAGAUUUAAAUGCGCAGACUGUGGUAAAACCUUCAACACAAACUCUGAACUUACCAAACAUCGGAGAAUGCACACGGGGGAGAAGCCGUACAAGUGCUCCGAUUGUGAGAAAAGCUUCGCCCAGAGGGGAGGCCUGGUUGCCCACAAGAGGACCCACACGGGGGAGAAGCCGUACAAAUGCACUAUUUGUGGGAAAUGUUUUAGUCUGAGCUCUUGCCUGAUUAGACACCAGCAAAUCCACACAGGGGAGAAACCCUAUCAGUGCCCAGACUGCGGACAGUGCUUUACUCACAAAAGGAACCUUGUCAAACACACUGCAAGCCACCAAGAAGAAAAACCAUAUAACUGCUCAGACUGUGGGAAAAGUUUUGGGAUAAGUUAUCACCUCGUUCAGCACCAGCAAAUCCACUCAGGAGAGAAACCGUAUAAAUGCUUGGAAUGCGGGCAGAGUUUCACUCACAAGAGAAACCUUGUGGUACAUGCGAGAAGCCACACGUCAGAGAAGCUCCACAAAUGCCCAGACUGUGGGAAAAGUUUCCCUCACAAAAAUAAUCUUGUCGAGCAUAUGGAAAUGCAUGCAGGGGAGAAACCGCAGGAAUGCCCAGAAUGUGGGGAAAGUUUCACUGAUCUUCUUGUUCUUAUUAAGCACAGAAGAAUCCACUCAGAGACAGCCUUGGAGGAAUCCUCCUAUUGGGAGAAGAUACUUUGUUGAAACGUGCAUGGACGUUUACCGCAUAUUAGAGAAAUUACACUGUAGGAGAUGCUUAGACUCAAGAAGGCCAAAUGUUAGGAAGUGUGAAACCAGUGAGGGUGGUGAAUGCCCUGUGUGAGUAUCUGGAGGAGGAAUGGCGGUUGAUGGGUUGAGGUUGAAUCCCAACAAGAUAGAAGUACUGUUUCUGGGGGGCAGGGAGCAGGCAGAUGUGACAGACUCCCUGGUCCUGAAUGGGGUAACUCUGCCCAGGUGCAGGUUACUGUAAUUAUGUGUCCACGGCAGCUGUCUACCAGCUUCAUCUGGUACCCCGGCUGAGACCCUACCUGCCUGACAACUGUCUCGCCAAAGUGGCAUGUGCUUAUCUUCCGCUUGGACUACUGCAAUGUGCUGUACGAGGGGCUACCUUUGAAGGUGAUUCAGAAACUACAGGUAAUCCAGAAUGUGGCAGCUAGACUGGCGACUGGGAGCAGCCACCGGGACCAUAGAGCACUGGUUCUAAAGGAUCUACGUGGGCUCCCAGUAUGUUUUCGAGCACAAUUUAAAGUGUUGGUGUUGACCUUUAAAGUCCUAAGCAGCUUCUGCCCUGUAUACCCAAAGGAAUAUUCCAUCUCCAUCAUCCAGCCUGGAAACUGAGGUCCAGCACGGAGGGUUGUCUGGUGGUUCCCUCUCUGUGAGAAAUAAAGUUACAGGGAACCAGGCAAAGGGCCUUUUUUGUAGUGACUGUGGAAUGCCCUCCCAUCAGAUGUCAAUGAAAUACACAGCUAUAUGACAUUCAGAAGGCACCUGAAGACAGCCUUAUAUAGGGAUGCUUUUACUGUUUGAUGUUUUACUGUGUUUUUCUGUUCUGUUGGAAACUGCCCAGAGUGGAUCGGGCAACUGAGUCAGAUGGGCGAUGUACAAAUAAUAAAAUUAUUAUUAUUAUUAUUAGUGCUCCAUGUACACAGGCGUAUAAACAUCAUAGCUGCCAAGUCUCCCGUAUUUCCAGCUGUUCCCAGCCGAAAAAACGGAUUUUUUUUGUUUCCCCCCCGGUAUAUUCUGGCGCG